AUGUUGUUUCAAUGCCUGAGGCUCGACUUCGCUUAUUCCGCCCUCCCGCGGUGGCUCGGCUUCAUCACCGCAUCCUACCUAACCCCUCGGUGGGUCCGCCGGGGUGUCCAGAAUUGGGGGCCGCAGCGGUGGUCGGAGCUCGGCGUCUCGAUCGUCGACGAACUCGUCUGGAGCUUGGUCUCUGCGGUGGAGUCCGUCGCCCUCGUCUCUAUGCUCUGCUUCUUCUUCCUCUUCUGCGGAUGCACGAUCUGA